AUGUUCGGGUCUUGGACUGCACCGGCAGCUCUCAAGGUACAACGCUCGGGACAGUCCAAGCUUCGAGACAGGGCCCGCCAGCGCUGGUCGACGCCUAAUACUCCAGUGGGACGUUCCUCUCGUCCCACGUCAUCAGUCAAGCUGGCUGUCCCCGACUUUGCACCUCGUCCUUUGCACGCUCUCUCCCACGAUCAAGGCCAUCAUAGCCAAUACUUUGGCGUGAAUAGAACCACCCCUGACAUUCGGCCGCUCCGUUACGACUCACCUUUCUUGUCGGUGGAAGGGAGCGAUCGUAUCCAACAACGCCCAUGGUCAGCAUCGUCGGAGAGUAGGCAGGCGCAAAGCAAGGAUUUCAUGUCAUACUGGUCUACCACUCAAGGCCCUCCAUCGAUACAUGACAACGAUGGACAUGCCCGUCCCAUAGCACCAACCUCUCACUCGCGGCAUGCCUCCAACACCUCGUCAGGCUACCAUGGAUCGAGUACGACCUCUCCCCAGGCCCAGAGACAUGGACCCGAGCUUCUGCCUCCCAGGGGACUGGAGCUUCCUCCUCUUGUGAGGACUCCUGUGUCUCCGUCUGUGCCUCGAUCGGUCACCCUACCUUCAGUCCUCAACCCUCUUACUGAUGAAGCUUCAGCGUCUGCUCAGCGCAGAAGAAAAGCAGACGAGAUUGAUUCGCUACAUGACAGGGCUCCAACUCUACCUCCGCUUGGUCCAACAUCCCAAAGGCCAGCCUCUUUGUCUGGACCUGGAAGCAAUGCUUCGCUGCCUCUCCUAACAGAACCUUUGAACACUGCACCACGGAGACUGCUAACUCCUAAAUCUCCUCUUCGAAGAGCCAUCAGCCUGUCUCACCUCAAUCCUCCGAAUGGAGUUAUGGAUGCUCAGCAGAAUCCUUUCCCUGUAUCUCCUCGUUCUAGACCAUACACCAUACAGCCCGGUGCAAAUGGCGCUCCUCCUUUGCCUGCGCCUCCAGCCAUAAGCUACUCACACCCAGGAUACAUCCAGACAUCUCAUCUUGCGAGGACGGCUAGCCCCGAGUCUGGUUCAGCGCAGCGUUACAGUGCCAGCCCUAGCCCUGAUUAUUCGGCCUACGAUCAAACUUCACCUCCUGGAGAUGCACAUGCAUCCGGUUAUCUCUCCGUAUCUGACGCUCACAGAGCCAGAGGACACAGCAUGACCCCUAGUACCUCAGCACCACACGUCUCGGACUCAUACCACGUCACCCUCAAUGGCCCUGGCUCGAAUUCUGUUCAGAUGAUGACUCUCAAAACCACCGAGGGAGAUGUUCGCUUCCCGGUUGAUGUGCAGGCAGCGUCUCGUGUUGCUGACGAGAAGAGACGUCGCAAUGCUGGUGCAAGUGCAAGGUUCCGCGAGCGUCGCAAGAGAAAGGAGAUGGAGGCUUCACAGACUAUCGCCAAACUCGAGCAGCAAAUCAAGGAGAUGACCGAAGAAGCCGACUUCUACAGACAAGACAGAGACAUCCUUGCAUCUAUCGUAUCGCAACUCCCUGGAGGCCGCGAACACCUGCCUCGUCCGCAGUCACCCAGGACAAGGAGAAAUGGAAACGGAGCUACCCAUGCCAAUCAAGUUCACUAUGCCGAGUCUCAUAGGAACAGUCCUGAACCUAUCAGGAACGUGCGCAAGCGUGGCGAUUCGCCCAUGCCACAGACCUACGUGCAAGCGGCAGUGCAGAGUCACGCACCUCCACCUCCGCCUCCGGCAAAUGUAAUGAUGCUUCAACAUCAGAUGCAGACGCAUCACAACCAGAUGGCGGCUCGCUCCGCUCACGCAUCGUCUUUGCCGCCACCUUCUAUGGCUCAUGCCGCGAUGCCUGCAUCGAAUCUUCCUCCCCCACCACCAUCAAUCAUGCAGGCUCCGCCAAUGACCGGUCCUAUCAACCCUUAUGCACGCCAUGAGGCCAACAACCGGUUCAAUAUGCCGCCUCACAGUCGUUGA